AUGACUGCACGGAUGGCCAGUCCAAGCCAGAUGCCUCCGGUGCCCAACCGAGAGGACAUCGGGGCGACAUGGAAUUACCUCCAAGCUGGCAUCACUCGUAUCAUGAACGAACUCGAGAAGGGAAUCGACAUGCAGAUGUAUAUGGGUGUAUACACCGCCGUUCACAACUUUUGCACAUCACAAAAGGCCGUCGGACUUAACGGGCCGACCAUGCAGACUAAUCACCGCGGCGCCCAUCUUCUCGGCGAAGAACUGUACAACAACCUGAUUACCUACCUCGUAAAACAUCUCGACGGGCUCUACGAGGCAUCGAAAUUACACACCGACGAGGCGCUGUUGACAUACUACAUCAGAGAAUGGAGCCGAUAUACCACUGCAGCAAAAUACAUACAUCACCUCUUCAGAUACUUGAACCGUCACUGGGUCAAAAGAGAAAUUGACGAAGGCAAAAAGAACGUCUACGAUGUAUACACCCUCCAUCUAGUGCAAUGGCGCAAGGUUUUGUUCGGGCAGGUAUCUGGGAAAGUUAUGGAUGCCGUGCUGAAGCUAGUAGAAAAGCAAAGAAACGGCGAAACUAUUGAACAUAACCAAAUCAAGCAGGUUGUCGACUCGUUUGUGUCCCUUGGCCUAGAUGAGUCAGACAUGUCGCGGUCCACGUUGGACGUUUAUCGUUACCACUUUGAGAAGCCCUUCCUGGAGGCAACCAGGGAAUUUUACCAAGCUGAGUCUAAGCAGUUUGUCGCUGAAAACAGUGUGGUCGAGUACAUGAAGAAGGCCGAGGCGCGUCUAGCUGAAGAGGAGGAACGGGUCAAGAUGUAUCUGCACCAGGAUAUUGCCGUACCCCUAAAAAGGGCUUGCAACAUGGCUUUGAUUGCCGAACACUCGACAUUGCUACGAGACGAGUUUCAAGUCUUAUUGGACAACGAGAGAGAAGAGGAUAUGGCCAGGAUGUACAAUUUGCUGUCUCGCAUACCCGACGGACUGGAACCGUUACGAACCAAAUUCGAAAACCACGUACGCAGGGCCGGUCUUGCUGCGGUCCAAAAAGUACAGUCAUCGGAGGGUGACAAGCUGGAGCCUAAGGUGUACGUGGAUGCUCUGCUCGAAGUGCAUUCGCAGUACCAGCUAUUGGUGAAGCAAGCAUUCAACGAUGAACCGGAGUUUACUCGCUCGUUGGAUAACGCCUGCAGGGAGUUCGUGAACCGCAACGAAGUGUGCAAAUCCAGUUCAACAAAGUCACCAGAGCUCUUGGCCAAGUACACUGACGUCCUGCUUCGCAAGAGCAGUACAAGUAUAGAAGAGGCCGAUUUGGAACGAACAUUGACACAGAUUAUGACGGUCUUCAAGUAUAUUGAAGACAAGGACGUAUUUCAAAAAUAUUACUCACGUAUGCUAGCUCGACGCCUCGUUCACAGCAAUUCAUCAUCAGAUGAUGCUGAGACUAGUAUGAUUAGCAAGCUCAAGGAGGCUUGUGGGUUUGAAUACACCAACAAGCUGCAGCGCAUGUUCCAAGAUAUGCAAAUCUCAAAGGACUUGAACAAGGACUUCCGAGAUCACUUGGACAGCGUCGGUUCGUCUAAGGCGGUGGACUCAAAUUUCUCCAUCUUGGGCACGGGCUUCUGGCCUCUGCAGGCACCAUCAACACACUUUCACCCACCCGCCGAGAUUUCGGCCGAAAUCGAGCGAUUCACUCGGUUCUACAAGCAUAAGCAUGACGGGCGAAAGCUGACUUGGCUGUGGCAUUUGUGCAAGGGGGAAAUCAGGGCUGGAUACUGCAAGAGCAGCAAAACCAUAUUCACAUUCCAGGUUUCCAUUUAUCAAAUGGCAAUCCUUUUGUUAUUUAAUGAAAAGGACACUUAUACGUAUGAGGACAUGGUCAGCGCUACUCAGCUGAGCACGGAAGUCCUGGACCAAGCACUGGCUGUCAUCCUCAAGGCCAAGGUACUAUUGGUGGCUGGUGGUGAGAAGCCGGGUCCCGGCAAGUCCUUCAACCUAAACUACGACUUCAAGAGCAAGAAGAUUCGUGUAAACCUUAACUUGGGUGGUGUCAAGGAAGCUAAGCAGGAAGAGACGGAGACCAACAAGACCAUCGAGGAGGACCGCAAGCUAGUUCUUCAGUCUGCUAUCGUCAGAAUCAUGAAGGCAAGGAAGAAGAUGAAGCAUACUCAACUGGUCAGCGAGACCAUCAACCAGAUCCGCUCGAGAUUCGUCCCCAAGGUUGGUGACAUCAAGAAAUGUAUCGAGAUUCUGUUAGACAAGGAAUACCUUGAACGCCUGGACGAAGACGAACUUGGUUACCUCGCCUAA